CCAUCAUUUUAACAAUUAUUGGUGGUGUGUGUGUGUGUGUGUUUUUGUGGGUGUGGAUGUGUUUUGAUUCGACAACCAUUAAUUCAAAAGAAUAAUGUGCUAUUUGUUACGACGAUCAAAAUGGCUAAAAGCCAUUAAUUGUUGGUUCACUUGUUUGAUGGUUGCUUUACUUUUAAUCAGAGCUACCGAUCAUAGUAUUAUCAAUAAUUUGGAUGACGGUCUCAAUCAAUAUCCUAGUCAUACUAAAGAAUGGGUAACAUUGCCAGAUUGGAUAGCUAUCAAAAGAAAACGAUAUACAUUGCAUCAAAUGGAUGAGCCUGAAUUUGUUGGUAUGAUACCGAAUUUGACCGUAUCGGUUGGUCGUGAUGCCAAAUUUCCUUGCAUCGUCAACAAUUUGGAUACAUAUCGAGUCGGUUGGAUUCGUAAUGAGGAUAAAUCAAUUCUUACUAUACAACAUCAAGUUGUCACACGUAAUAGCCGCAUAUCAUUGACACAAAGUGAACAUAAAAUUUGGACAUUACACAUUAAAAAUGUGCAAGAAUCCGAUCGUGGAGGUUAUAUGUGUCAAAUCAAUACAAUGCCAAUGAAAAGUCAAGUCGGAUAUCUUGAUGUGACUGUUCCACCAGAUUUUAUCAAUUCGGAAACAUCAUCCGAUGUUGUCGUUCGUGAAAAUCAGAAUCUUACCUUACGUUGUAAGGCACGUGGUCAUCCUGAACCAAAACUAACUUGGCGUCGAGAAGAUAAUAAGCCGAUCGAAUAUGGCAAUUGGCAAUCGAAUAAAGAAAGUGGAUUCGAAUAUCCCAAUUCCACCGAAGGUGAAGUGAUCCACAUAGAAAAAGUAAGCCGUCUUCAUAUGGGCGCAUAUCUAUGUAUUGCACAAAAUGGUAUUCCUCCAUCGGUAUCUAGAAGGAUCGUUCUCCAAGUCAAUUUUCCACCUAUGAUUUGGGUGCCUAAUCAAUUGCUGGGAGCUUCAAUCGAUGAUCAAGUUAUAUUACGUUGCGAUACUGAAGCAUUUCCAUUAUCAUUAAAUUAUUGGACAAAAGAAGAUCGUUCUUCAUCUACGAAAGGUGAUGAACCAGAUCAUGCUGAAAUUAUGAUUGUAAAUUCAGAUAGAUAUCGUAUAGCCAACCAGGAACAAUCAUACAAAGUACAUAUGAAAUUGGUUAUCAAACGUAUUACCUCCGAUGAUUUUGGCACAUACCGAUGUCAUGCUAAAAAUAGUCUUGGUUCCACACAAGGAUCCAUACGAAUCUAUGGUAUUCCAGAAUUUGUUGGACACGUACCCAAUGUGACUGCUCAGGUUGGUCGCGAGGCUCGUCUAGCUUGUAUCAUACGGAAUUUAGCCUCUUAUAGUGCGGCAUGGAUACGUGACGAUUUGAAAAGCAUUCUAACAUUACAGACACAUAUUAUUACUCGAGAUCCUCGGAUAUCAUUGAUCCGAUAUUUCAUAUUAGUCAUACGUAAUGUUCAAUUUUCUGAUCGUGGUGGGUAUAUGUGUCAAAUCAACACUGUACCGUUGCGCAAACAGAUCGGAUAUCUAAGGGUAGUUGUGCCUCCAGAUAUCAUUGACCAUGAAUCCUCUAAUGAUGUUUUGGUUCGAGAAGGCGAUAAUGUCACAUUAAGAUGUAAAGCUCGAGGCUAUCCAGAACCUGUUAUUGAGUGGCGUCGAGAGGAUGGAGCCCGUGUUCCGUUAGGUAAUCGCUCCAACGGACACAAUAAUCGACAUGUUAUGGUCAAUAAAACCGAAGGCGAAUUACUGGAAAUAGCCCGAGUGACAAGAGUUCAUUCUGGAGCAUGGCUUUGUAUUGCAUCGAAUGGUGUAAUGCCAUCAGUAAGCCGUCGAAUAUUGCUUAACGUACAAUUUGUUCCACAGAUUUGGAUACCAAUUGAAGAGAUCGGAGCGCCAUUUGGUUCUAAUAUUACAUUGGAUUGUCAUAUCGAAGCCUAUCCACUUCCAUUAAAUUAUUGGACAUUUGGUUCACAAUCACAAAGUAUCUACAUAAGCGGACCGAAGUACGAAGUAUCGGUAAAAGAAAAGGGCUAUAAACGUCAUCUCAAGUUGACCAUACAAUCUUUAUCAUCCGAAGAUCUGGGCCUCUACCAAUGUCAUGCUCAUAAUUCUCUUGGACGUCAGGUGAAACAAGUUAAAGUUUAUUCCAGCAAAAUCCAUCAACAAAGUCAAUCAAAAUGGAAUCCAAAUGAUCGUAGCCAACAGCCGCCGUUACCCAAAAGAGUAUCAUCGACAUCAAUCGAUCCAAUGACAACUACGACGAAAAAUAACGACAAAUCGAAGAGAAAACGAAAAAGAAAGAAAAUUAAAUUGACCACAACAAUUCCGCGAAAAGAAUGGAGUGCUGUUUUGGAUGGCGGUCCCCGUUUCAAUGACAAAUUGAUGAUGACAAAUAUUUCGGAUCGUAAUUUCGAUUUGAAUCGACGAUCGUCAAAAAAGAAAAAUAUUCGACCAUCAGAUGAUGAUGAUGAAUAUUAUAAUGAAGACGAUUAUUAUUACGAUGAAGAUGAUAAUAAUUAUUACGAUGACUGUGUUCAUCAUAAAUUUGAAAUGUUCUUGAUGAUGGUCGUAAUUUUUAACACUGUACUAUCAAUUCCUCGAUACUUCCUAUAUUGAUUUAUUAAACAUUAA